GCGCCACCGCACGAGCCUCCGCCUCCGCCAUUCCCCACCCCACCCCAUCCACGCGGCCACAACGCCAGCCACAGCGCUAGCCUCCCACUUUCUCUCCACACCAUGGACUCGCGCGGCGCGGACGGCGCGGCCGGGGGUCCCGACGCCUCCUCCCCCGCCGAUCCGCCGGGCCCCGAGCCCGAUCCGGCCGCGGACGCGAUGGACGCGCGCCUCCCGGCGGACCUACUUCGCGCCGUGCUGCAGCGGCUACCGCCGAUCGACCUCGCGCGGUCCGCCUGCGUCUGCCGCGCGUGGCACGCGGUGGCCUCCGACCGCGCCGUGCUCGAGGCCGCCUUCUGCGCGCCCUGGGGCGUGCGACGCGUCGUCGGUGAUCCGGCGACGCAGGCCUUCUGGCGGGCCGCCUCCCUGGGGAGGUUCGCGCUGUCACAUGCCGUCCGGCGCGGGGAUACCGUCCCCGGCGUGGCUCUCAAAUAUUCUGUACAGGUGACUGAUAUCAAACGGUUCAACAACAUGAUGAGUGACCAUGGCAUCUACUCUAGGGAGAGGCUUCUGAUACCCAUUAGUAACCCAGAAAUCCUGCUGGGCAGCACCUGCUACAUUGAGAUGGAUCAUAAUGCGAAGAGGGAGGUUGCAGUGUUUUACCCCGAGGGUCGCCCGAGUGGGACUGAGUCCUUGGCAAAUAUCAUCUCUAAAGAGAGGCGAAGUAGGAGGAUUCUCGAGUCCGUGAGGCGGAGCCUGCAUGUUGACGACGGGACUGCUGCAUACUAUUUAUCUGUUUCCGAAGGUGAUCCCAGGGCUGCCAUGAUGGAGUACUCCGAGGACCUGAGGUGGGAGCAACAACGCUCAGGCCAGUAGAUUCAGAACAAUAUGGGAUAUGUCCAGGUCAUGGGGCUUGAUGUUAAUCAUGGUAUCAUUUGAUGGUUGCUACCUGCUUAAACAUCUAUUGCUGGGUUGCCCCCUGCAGUGUAUUGUUCAAUCCACACCGUUUGUAAUAUAAUUCGUACAAGGUUCAGUGUAAUGAACAUAGGUAUGUGUAUCAGUGUGUGUGUAUGUAUGUAUGUAUGAUAAUAAUUGCCGAAUGGCGUCAGUGAUGAAAAACAUAGUCGGUCACGUCUACAGGAUGAUUGGCCGGUGAAAUUUUCACUUGUAUGAACUUGUUUCCAAGUAAAUUGGUUUCUAAUAAAAUUCGUCGGGGAGUGUUUUAGACGUA